AUGGCCAUGACGCUACACGUAGAGGUCAAUCAGCAAAUUCACGAAAAUGAGGAGAACAAAGGCGAGCGCAACGAAGCCCAGAGGACAGCGCCAAGAUUCAGAGCCGCCUUGGAUUCUCCCGGUCGUGGGCUACACAAGGGACUGAUGGAGGCCGUAGACCGCUAUGUCGACUGUGCCAUUGAGCGCCAGACCAUUGUCGAAUCUUACCAGGAGAAAAUCAGAGAGUUGAAAGACUCACAAGGCCGGCAGCCUGCAACGCUGAGCGAAGAACAGAUCAGGACAGGUUGGUGCACCAUGAUGUUAAGAGGCUGUUUGUGGAGCAUGGUGCACUUUCCGAUUUGGCUUCCCAACCUUCCUUAUCCGAGUCGAUACUGGAAGAAUAACACGUUGGUGCUGAUGGCGUGA